AUGUCCGGCUACCAGCCCAACCAGCACGGCAGCUGGGCGCCCGAGUAUGCCGGUGGCCAGACCCCCGGCGCCGGCGGUGGCCCCGGUGCAUCGGACAUCUACACCAACCCGGCCUACUUGCAAAUGCUCCCGGCCCAGCAGGCGCAGCAGUUCCAACAAACGCUGAUGCUCGUUCAGCAACAGCACCCGGAGCUGGCCCCGCAGCAGCAGCAGCAGCUUGCCAUGCAGUACCUGCAAUUGCAGCUGCAGCAGGCCCAGCAGCAGGCGGCCCUCAACCAAAUGCGCCAGCAGGGCGCCGGCCAGCCGGGCGCACAGCUCACCCAGCAGCAGCAGCAGCAGCUCUACAUGAUGCAGCAGUACCAGCAGCAGCAGCAGCUGUAUGUGAUGCAGCAGCAGGCGGCCCAGGCCCAGCAGGCCCAGGCGGCCCAGGCGGCCCAGGCCCAGCAGCUGCAGCAUUUGCAACUGCUCCAGCAGCAGCAGGCCCAGCAGCAGCAGCAGCAGCAGCAGGCCCAGCUCCAGCAGGCCCAGGCCCAAGCCCAGGCCCAGGCCCAGGCCCAACUCCAGCAUGCCCAGCUCCAGCAGGCCCAGGCCCAAGCCCAAGCACAGUUCCAGCAGCAGCAGGCCCAGCUCCAGCAGGCACAGGCCCAGCUCCAGCAGCAGCAGGCCCAGGCGGCCCAGGCGGCUGCCCAGCUCCAGGGCAAAUCCCCCGGUGCCGGCGGCGGGCCCGCCACCGGCAAGCCCCCCCUGGCGCCGGCCCGCGAUUCGAAGGUCUCACAGGACGCAGGGUCCCAGAACCCCACCGUGUCGUCUCUCCUGUCUUCGCUAUUUGACCGGGCCGACGGGGUUCUGGCCAUCACCAUUGCCGACCGCGAGGGCGUCAUCUUUGCCAAGGCCACCGACCCCCGGCAAACGAACUCCUCGAAAAAUACGCUGGCCGUGGACCCGGCGACCGCCUCCUCGGCCCUGGCCACGGCGGCCGCCUCAUCGGCCGAGUACAUCCAUCGCCUGCCGGCCAAGAUCGCCGGGACUUGCUCCUGGCUGUUUGCAUUCACGCGCUCCCCGCGGCCACCGCCGUCGGCCAUGGACCCGGCGCAGCUGGGCGCCACGGCCCAGCCGCCGGAGAUCCCCUCGGCCGGGGGGGAUUUCUCGCCGGCCGGCCAUUCGACAGCCGCUGUGGCCGCGGCCGAGGUGGACCUCGGGGCCGAUCGGGCCGGGCCCUGGGGCGGCAUGCAAAUUGCCCAGCGCGUCGUGCAGCCCCCCCGGCCGGCGGCCCCGCCGGUCGGCGCCACUCCGGCCGGCUUGGCCGCCGAGAAGCCCGGACCCGGCAGCAGCCCCAGCUCCGGCGCCGGGGCCACUUCCGGCUCCUCCCGGCCGCCGCUCUUCGUGGUGACCGUCAUCGCGGCCCAGUGGGCCAACAUGGGCAUCAUUGUGGAUUUGGUGGACACCGCGGUGGUGCCGCUCGUCAGCGACCGGGAGUUCCAGACCGCCGCCCAGGCUGCCGCCCAGGGCCGGUCUCCGUAUGGGGCCGGCGCCGGCGGCGUGCCGAUGCAGCCGAUGGGCCAGGCCCUCGGGCAUCCGCACCACCAGCACCCGCACCAUCACCACUUGCACCAUCACCACCACCACCACCACCAGGGCCAGAUGAUGCCACCCCGGUGA